GAAAAACGCUUUGACCAGAUGUGAACUUUUGCGAGAGUGAAACAGUAUACUGUAGCUGGUAAGCAACUACCCUGGGUUUGCUACAGCGUCACCGAAGGUUGGAGCGAUCGCGGAAGAUCUGCCAGAAGUUAGAACCUCAAAAGAGUUCCAAGAAAUUAGGAAGAAUCUGGACAAAGCUACUUCUAAAGAGUGCCAUAUUAGGGUGCGUUAGGUGAUCGGUCCGGUAGCCGUCCGUAGUUCAGAAUGAACGAAAUCGAUUUGAUAAGAGAGGUGGAGAGACGACCGAUCCUGUACGACAAAACCGUCAGCGGAUUCAAUAAAACGAGACUGAGGGACAACGCGUGGAAAGAUGUACAAGAAACGCUCAAUGUAUCUGAGGCGGAAUGCAAGAAGCGUUGGCGAUCCCUGCGCGAUUCCUUCAUUAAGCUACAAAGAACUCAUGGCGGACGUACACGGUGGCCCUACCUCUCCGCCAUGCGCUUCCUAUUGCCUCACAUUGAAACUACGAAGACUGAGACUCCUGCUAGAGAAAUCAAUAUCAAACGGGAAGCGUCAGAUUCAGAGCCCGAAGAGGCGCCGAAACGUCCCGCCCCCGACUUCUCCCUGCCGGACCUCUCUUUCCCAGACUUCCGCUCAGAAGAAGACGAAGAAGACUCCCAAUCAUCUAAAAAGAUGCGCCUCGACGCCUUAGAAGAACUGGACCCUUGCCAUUGCAACAGAACAGACCCGGAUGAGUUAUUCCUUCUAAGCUGUGCGCCUACCUUGAAACGGUUAAACGCAAAGCAACAUGCUGUAGCAAGGUUAAAGAUCCAGCAGGUUUUGUAUGAAGCGGAGUUUGGGAGUCAGAUCGAACCACUUGAAAGCCCAGCCCCGGAUUCCGGUUAUGAAAAUAUGGAUGGCGCUGUGGAAAUUUCCUAGUUUUUGUUAUAGUGUAGCUAAUAUCUGGCUAUCUAUCGGAUAGCUGGCUCAGCUAAACUGGUAUUUUGUUGGAUAACUUCCCAAUGAGUAUACAAACACUACGUCAGUCCAUGUCGCUGCCUGCUGAUUUUAAGUAGGGACCCGU